GUCGCACAAACAUCCAACAUGCCUGUCAACUACACUGGGACCUGGGACUUUGUCAGUAAUGACAAUUUUGAAGGAUACAUGGUUUCUCUUGGCAUUGAUUUUGCAACUCGAAAGAUUGCCAAUAUGUUGAAGCCCCAGAAGGUGAUUAAGCAAGAUGGAGACUCUUUCACAAUCCAGACAUUUACUUCUUUCAAAAACUACUCGUGCUCAUUCAAGAUCGGAGAGGAGUUUGAAGAGGUGACCAAAGGGAUGGACAACAGAGUGUGCCAGACUGUGGUCAACUGGGACAACGAUAAGCUGGUGUGUGUUCAGAGAGGAGAAAAAAAGAACAGAGGAUGGACCCACUGGAUUGAGGGAGACCUGCUGCACCUGGAACUCACUUGUGAGAAGCAAGUCUGCAAGCAAAUGUAUAAAAGGACUGCUUAACCGUUUCUACUGUGGAGGCUCUGCACCGGUGUUGAUGCAGAUGAUCGGAUGACACCUUCAGAGCCUGAGAGAGAAGAGAAACUUCAAUAAAAUAUUUACAUGAAUUUGGCUGAACAACAUAAUCAGUCUGUGUUGGCUAUUUCUGUGUGUUAACUAUAAAAGUACCGUAUCACUGAUGUGGACAUGUAAUGAACAGGUAAUGUGGAAAAUAAUUGGUUGAUUUGGGGUG